UAUAGAGCUAUUUUGAUAUUUUUUAUGUAAAAGCGUUGAUUAAAAAGCAGAAUUUAAGUUUUGGUGUGAGCCGUUCUCUUUUUACACUCGGUGGUUGGUGGUAAUGUAGCACAAAGCUGCUUGCUAACUGCUACAAAACACCAGAAGAGGAAGAAACAUGGAGGAGAGGGAAAGAAAAAGUAUGAAAUCUGACAGUAAGGAGACAGCAGCAGCAGCAUCAUGUUCGAGCACCACAUCGGUACCGGAGCAGCCGAAGACAGACAGCGAAACCGGGGACGACGACGCACUGAAAACAGACGUGUGCUCCGAUAAGUUUGACCCUCUCUUGGCCUUGUAUUCUCCCUCCGCGCCCCCUCUCCCCUUUCCAAACAUCAAGUGCUUCAACAAUGUGGCGGAGUACGAGAGCUUUCUCAAAGGCGGUCGAGGCAGAGCCAAGCCGGAGAACGUGGAGAAAAAGCGGCGGAAGGCGAUGAAAGGGGUGGCGGACCCGGAGCGCAUCGAGAGGCUGAAGAAUCUCAUGGUGAAGAAACCGGAGUCAGAGGAGGGGGAGAGCAGCAGCCGCGCGACGCCGAGGAGGAAGAGGCAGAAGCCCCAGAAGAAUGUCCUGACGAGGAUGCCCCUAUGUAAAGGCAGUCCUCUGGGAGAGCUGUACCGAUGCGUUGAGGAGAGGAUACGAGUCAAAGUUCACAUCCGGACCUUUAAAGGCCUGAGGGGAGUGUGCUCUGGCUUUGUUGUGGCCUUUGACAAGUUCUGGAAUAUGGCGAUGGUGGAUGUAGAUGAGACUUACAGAGAGCCUCUACUUGGAGAGGCAUUGUAUCAUGAGAAAGCCCUCACCAUUUCACGGUUGAUUGAGAAGCUAAACCUCCAGGAGAGCUCAGGAGACAAUGAGCCAGUAAAGAAGCACGAAGCCCAGAAAAAAUCCAACGAGCGUCAACCAGCAGAUCCCAAAACUACUCCGAAAAGCAGCUCGGCUCAGCCCACCAAAGGGGAUGGCAGGACAGCGGAGACGGAGCUGUCACAGGCUGUUAAAACCACACAGGGUAAACACAACGUCUCAAUGAAGGCCCAGGGUCCUGAGAAGAAAGGUCCCCAGACAUAUGGCAAGGUCCACACACGCCACAUCAACCAGCUCUUCAUCCGGGGUGAGAACGUUGUCCUGGUUAACCCACAGCCACUCUGAUUUAUCUUCCUGUUUGAUUAUUUACCCUGGAGAAAAAAAAAAAGUUUCCUACAACAUGUGCUCAUUGGUGUGAAAUGCUGCUGUGAUUUAAUUAGAUUCAGAUGAAUUAAACACAGACAACUGUUAUAUCAUAUUGAUAUGGAUAUUCUCUGUCCACCAGAGAAAUUACUUUGCUGUUGAGAAAUAAAAGCUUCUCGUUGCUAAUUAUACUAA